CUAGCAAUUCUUGAGUUCAGAAACACGCCAGCUGAAGGACUAAAUACAAGGCCUGCACAAAGGUUAAUGAACAGAAAAACAAGAACUCUGUUGCCAACAAUAGAACAAUUUUUACCAGAGAAAAUGGAGGAACAUCACAACAUAAUGGAACGGAAGAAAAGGCAAGCAAAAUAUUACAACAUGAAAGCCAGAGACCUACCGGAGCUGAAAACAAAUGAUGUGGUUCGAAUUCAACCAACAGGUAGAGACACAGUUUGGAAACCAGCCAAAAUAGAAAAAGUGCUACCAAACAGAUCAUAUUUGGUUAUCACCCCUGGAGGAACUAUCUAUAGAAGAAACAGAGUGCAGCUACGAAAGACCAAGGAGGAAUUCAAGCCUUCAGCAGGUAUGGAUGAUCCCCCAGUCGAGAUGAUACCACAACCAAGACAGAAGAAACAAACAUCUAUCCCUACACCUGUUACAAAGAAGACAGUACCACCACAAGCACAGGCAAACGAAUCAGGAAGAGAACAAGCAAGAGAGACUGCAACAUCUACCACACGAUCUGGCAGAGCAGUAACAAGGCCAAAGUAUCUAAGAGACUAUGUAUGCGGUAAAUAGACACUUAGCAUGCAUGGUAGUAUGUUUUUUUUCCUUUUUUUUCCAUAAAGAAAAAGGGAUGUAUGGGGUAACCCAAUUAGCGUACUAUAUAAACGUAGUGUGUUGAUUGUAAUAGAGACUUCUUAACGUGUACGCCUAGAAUACGGACGCACCACGUUACAGUUGUGUAGCAGUUUAGAUUAUU